UGUAUAUAUCACGUAUAUGUAUAAUACGUGAUCGCGCCGCGGAACUGUCAUAUGUGUGGUCAUGCAGACGUGUCCGUCGCCGUCGUCGCCGUCGCCGUUUGCAAUCUGUUGACACAUAACUGGACCUGGUGGUAAAGAUUCUCGCGACACGCGCGCACGUGGAGCAAGCUGAGAGGAUGCUGCGAUGUUAGCACGCAGACGUCACAUCGCAGGGAACGUGAUAGAUCGCGACUUCGCAAUUGCGAGCUCGAGCAAUUCGCGAUAUCAUUAUGAUGGAGACGAAGCGAGUGACGAAUUGUUGAGCGAGGAGACUGUCGAUUCAACGGAGCAUUCUACGACGACGACGACGACGAUGACGUCUCGUGACAGGACCAACGAAUUCGCCAACGCGAUCCGCUCUAUGCAGAGCAGAACCGUUGCGCGGACCGUUGCUAAUCUGCAGAAUCCGCGUCGCGCGCGCCAGAUACAGAGCUACUCAAACUUCAUGAUGAUAGCAAAGAACAUUGGCAAAAAUAUUGCUAGCACAUAUACCAAACUGGAGAAGCUUGCCCUAUUGGCCAAGAAGAAAUCCAUAUUUAAUGACAGACAGAUGGAAAUUGAAGAACUUACAAAUAUUAUUAAAACAGACCUAAAAAGUUUGAAUCUUCAAAUUGGGAAAUUGCAAGAACUUGGAAAAUCUCAAAGAGAAAGCUUUGGUUCCUCUCAGAGUCAUCAUAUUGCUUCGCAUUCUUCCUCAAUUGUGAUGACACUGCAAUCUAAAUUGGCGGACAUGUCAAAUAACUUUAAAAAUGUUUUGGAAAUUCGAUCCGAGAAUAUGAGAGAGGAGCAACACAGAAGACAACAAUUUAGUCAAGGAUCUGUAUCUACUAUGCUCCCCCCAAGUGUUGUUUCGGGAAAACAAGGUUCUUUAUUACUACAGGAAGAGGUUUCUAGUAAUUCAGUUGCGAUAGACGUAGAACCAAUGAUGAAGCAUCAGUUAAUCAUGCAACAAUCUAUGCAAGACGAUACCGAUGCAUAUGUCCAAUCAAGAGCUGAGACCAUGCAAAACAUAGAAUCUACUAUAGUUGAAUUAGGUGGCAUUUUUCAGCAAUUGGCACAUAUGGUUAAGGAACAAGAAGAAAUGGUUGAAAGGAUAGACAGUAAUAUAGAGGAUACCGAGCUAAACGUGGAAGCUGCACAUACUGAAAUAUUAAAGUACUUUCAGUCUGUAACAAGCAAUAGAUGGUUAAUGAUAAAGAUAUUCGCGGUCCUCAUAUUUUUCUUUAUAUUUUUUGUAGUGUUUUUGGCAUAACACUCGGCACUAUCAAUUUAUUAUAUGUAUUUAUAUCGUUACAUUUUAUCAUCCAUAUCUACUAUUUGUGAUAUAAAAGAAAUAGUUGCAAAAUGAUUUUUACAAAGCUAGGAUCUUCAUACAUAACAUAGGUGAAAUGAAAAAGAUAUUCUGUGCAUUCCUCCGCCCUUUCCCUAAAUUGUGAAUAUUGUACAUUUAAACACUUACCAUUGUAAGUAUUUAAAUAUUACGUUACUUGUACAAUGCAUCUUAUUGAACACAAAAUGUAAAAAGAAAAUAUUUCUAUAGAUAAUAAAUAUAUAAUUUUCAUCUUAUAUAUAUAGAAAAGGCAAACAAUUUUCAAAUAAAUUGGACGAGUAACGUUUUACAGAGAA